CAAAACUAAUUAAUUUUAUCAUUCGAACGAGCGAUUCUAUCGUCAGUUUAGAUUUCGUCUCUGUGCGCUCGACGACCAUGGAGCCGACGACGAUCAGAUCUCCUCUUGUCGCUUUGUUCGUCUCCCAGAUUUGCUUCUUCUUCCUUGCUUCCUCUCUUCCAAUCACGUCGGGGUCCGAGGAUAGUUACACAAUCACUGGUAGAGUGAGGAUCCCACAAAGCAUUGGGAUUGGUCACACAGCUAAAUUCUCGGAUGUCAAAGUUAUACUCAACGGUGGACAGAAUGUUACUUUUCUCAGGCCUGAUGGAUACUUUUCAUUUCACAAUGUACCAGCUGGGACUCAUUUGAUCGAAGUGUCAGCACUGGGCUACUUCUUUUCUCCGGUACGGGUUGAUGUUAGUGCUCGGCAUCGAGGUAAGGUUCAAGCAACACUGACUGAAACCCGAAGGAGUCUCACUGAGUUGGUUUUAGAACCGUUGAAGGAAGAGCAAUAUUACGAGAUAAGAGAGCCUUUCUCCAUAAUAUCGAUCGUGAAAAGUCCAAUGGGUCUCAUGGUCGGAUUUAUGGUCGUGGUUGUGUUCCUAAUGCCCAAACUGAUGGAAAACAUAGAUCCAGAGGAAAUGAAGAGGGCACAAGAGGAAAUGAGGAGCCAAGGAGUGCCCACUCUCUCCAGCUUGCUGCCGGGCGCCGCUGCGGCUGCCCGCUAAGACUCUCUCGACUUGCCGUGUAAGGGUACUAUUGUAAAUACGUUUGAGAUGUUUUAUCUGGCCAGCGUUAAUAGAGCUCUGUAAUCCUAUGAAACAUAUCUACACCCUUACACGCAGGAGGUUUUGCUCCCCCCAUUUGUCGGGAAAUUUCGAAAAAGAAAUCCGGUUAUGGAGCUGUUGCCAUGGUUA